CAUUUACUUUGCUUUGCGAGCUACCAUAGCAAAGAUUUUGGUUGUAGGUGUACUAUGAUAAACCACAUAUGCAUGCAACUUACAGGUGUAACAUGAAGUAGGUGAAGACAUGGGAGAUCCAUCAGUUAGUGUGAACGUUGAAGGUGAGAAGGAGGAGACAAAAGGGUGGAGAAACGGUGUGAAAAAGGUAGGAAAUUGGCUGAAGCAUAGGGAUAAAGAUGAAUUGAUGAAGGACAUGAGGGGUAACCUGAGUUUGGUGGCGACGGUAAUCGCAACAAUUACCUUUCAAAGUGCUCUAAAUCCACCAGGUGGCGUUAUACCGGCAAAAGAGGGUGGUGGAGGACCGGUGGUUUGUGAAGGUGAUGAUGAUCAGAGACAUCCAUGUCCUGGAGAAUCUGUCUUGGCUUAUGCAUUUACACAGGAUUAUACCUACUUCCUUAUUUGGAACACAACAUGUUUCAUAUCAUCCUCUGCUGUUUGUCUCUUGCUGGUUAGUGGAUUCCCUCUAAACCACAGAUUUUUCACCUGGCUUUUGUCAAUCGGCAUGUGCAUCACCAUCACUAGUCUUGCUCUAACCUACAUGUUUGGUGCUACACUCGUUACCCCUGAUCCUGUUUGGUAUAAAUCCUCCUCCAUGUUUCAAAAUGUUUUUUAUAUUUGGAUAACGCUGCUAGGACUCGUUGCUCUUCUUCUUUGCCUGCGUUUCUUUGUUUGGAUUCUCACUAAAUGGAUUACCAGACCCAAACACUGAGAUAUCAAACACUUCAGAGACCUAAAACUCCAUCAGCUUGGUUAUAUAUGAAUAAAUAAAUGAAUUUCCAUGUUUCAAUAAUGCUUGGUUUUAUUUUUAAACAUCAAAACACCCAAAAACGUUGCAAUCUCGAGGUUCAUAAAGCAAACAAGACAUACAAUGUUUUCGGUGUUUUGAUGUGUGUGUCAAUCUUCUGUCGCCUUGUGUUUUGGUUAUGAAGAAGCUCUUGUGCCUUGUUACUUUCUUUCAUGGGUUUUCCCGAGAGAUUGAUGUUACUUUACUGAUCGAAUUUAAAAUGGAAUUUGCAUGUUAAGAUA